CCUGCCCCCCACCUGGAGCUGCCAUGUGGCCCCUGGCUGCAGUGAUCGCCUUCCAGACUGUGGCCUUGUCAGGCGGCAUCUCUCAGGAGUAUCCCAAGAUUCUCGUCACCAAUCGGACCAAUGGGGUUCUCCAAGGUGGCUACACCUGCCUCCCCCACUCUCAGCCCUGGCAGGUAGCCCUGCUAGUCCAAGGGCGGCUGCUCUGUGGGGGAGUCCUGGUCGACCCCAGAUGGGUCCUCACUGCAGCACACUGUCUGAAGGAUGGAUACAGAGUUUACCUGGGCAAGCAUGCCCUGGGGCGUGUGGAGGCCGGAGAGCAGGUGAGGGAGGUACUCCGCUCUGUCCCCCACCCUCAGUACCAGAGCAGCCCCACUCACCUGAACCAUGACCACGACAUCAUGCUACUGGAGCUCCAGUCCCCAGUCCACUUCACAAGCCGUAUCCGUGCCCCACUCCUCUCCCACGAAGACUGCCUCCCCGCUGGUACCUGCUGUCGGGUGUCUGGCUGGGGCACCACCACCAGCCCCCAGGUGAGUUACCCACAAACCUUACAGUGUACCAACAUCCAGCUACGCUCAGAUGAGGAGUGUCGUCAAGACUACCCGGGGAAAAUCACACCCAACAUGCUGUGUGCCGGCACAAAAGAGGGCGGCAAGGAUUCCUGUGAGGGCGACUCCGGGGGCCCCUUGAUCUGCAACGGAACACUCCAUGGCAUCGUCUCCUGGGGAGACUUCCCGUGCGGGCAGCCCAACCGGCCUGGUGUCUACACCCGAGUCUCUCAAUAUGUUUCAUGGAUUCAAGAAACAAUCCGAAAACAGAAAACCCAGGAGCAGAAAUGGACGAAGAGCCCACCAUAAAAUCGGGUUGACUUUCCCACCUCCUUCCUUCCAAUGUGCCCACCUUACUCGGUCUGCCCAGCCCUUCUCUGCCCCUCCCAGAGUGUUCCACUUGAAUCAGUGAUUCAUGUCCUCAAAAUGUGCCAGCCCAGCUGACACUCCAUGUUUCAAAAGCACUCAGUCACUGCCAGCAUCCCUGAAACAUCCCAGUCCC